AGUUGUUUCUACCGGAAACAUUUCGAACAAGUACGCGUUCUCCCGUUGCCGUGGCAGCAGCGACUUCAGGAAGAACGUUGGGGCUAUUUAGGAUGGAUUCACAAGAGACAGAUCUGCUGAGUGGUAUCGAGAACAUAGUUGACAUGCAGAAUUUGGAAGAAGAGGACUUUGCAGUUUCAAAAUCAUCAGAUGCUGAUGCAGAAUUUGACAUGGUAAUUGGGAACAUCGAGGACAUUAUUAUGGAGGAUGAAUUCCAAUAUCUUCAGCAAUCUUUCAUGGAGAAAUAUUACCUUGAGUUUGAUGAGUCCGAGGAGAAUAAGCUCAGCUAUACACCUAUAUUUAAUGAAUAUAUUGAAAUUCUAGAAAAGCAUCUGGAACAGCAGUUGGUAGAGCGAAUUCCUGGAUUCAACAUGGAUUCCUUCACCCAUUCACUUAAACAGCACAAAGAUGAAGUGUCAGGUGACAUACUUGACAUGCUGCUCACUUUCACUGACUUUAUGGCCUUUAAAGAGAUGUUCAUUGAUUACAGAGCAGAAAAGGAGGGUAGAGGAUUGGACCUUAGUACCGGACUGGUAGUGAAGUCAUUAAAUUCUGCUUCAGCUUCACCUCUGACCUCCAGCAUGGCUUCACAAUCGAGCUGAACCAUUGAAACUGGGGAUUUCAUGUAUUUCUCCCCUUUAUAAAAUGAAUAUACAUUAAAACUUCCUUUCCGACUCAUCCCAAAAUGAACAUUAAUACUAAAGUGACCGACGACAAUCUUUGUUCAUGUUUAGAAGUAAGAUUGAGAUUAACCGUCAGCUCAUUCAAUGAGACUCUUUUAACAGUAUUCUCAUGAUCUGUCACUAAAUCCACCCAGUCUGGAUGAGUUUUUCAUAUCUUGUUUUGGCCUACAGUGCAGCAAAACACUAUUUCUGUUUCUGACCAAGUUGAUGUAGAAAUUUUUAAUGAGCCUCAACAUCUCAAAGCUGCCAUUGCAUACUUUCACACAAGAACCCCUCCAUUUUAUAUAUCAUUAGAUACCAAAAUAAUUCCUUUCACUUGACAAUCAAAAAGGGCUUUUCAUUAAAAAAGAAUUAUACAAUGUGCCUAAUAUGACAACAUUUCUGAAAACCCCUUUUUAACAUUCACAAGGCUUGAAGUUUCCCCAGGUGAAAUAUUACAUUAUUAAAAAAAAUAUAUGUUUAUACAAUUACCAGAAACAAUGCAAAUAAACUCGUAGGUGUUCCAUGCUUUUUAAUGUGAUGUUGAGUCCAUGUUUUGGAUUUAUCUCAUAUAUUGUGAAAGUGAGCUUUUUAAAAUAAUAUAUUUUGUUGAUGUAUACAGUGCAAAUUUCAUCUUUUUUGCUCCCUUGUUUACAUACAAUGUGUUGUUCCUACUAGAUGAAUGUUGUGUAAUUGUGUAUAUUUGUUUAUUUGUAUAUAUAGAAAUAUUUGAGCCCGAGAAGAAAUAAAUACAAUUUUUCUUUAAUCAUA